AUGGCAGACCCGUCAACAUGUCCCCCAUUAACCCCGUCGUCAAUCCGCACCGCCUACUCCAAGAUCCGCCCAUAUGUCCACACAACGCCGCUCCUGACCAGCCACAGUCUGGACGCGAUAGCCUCGGCCGUGGAUCCGAGGGUGUUCUUGUCUGAUGAUCCCCCCACCAGCUUUGGAUGUAGUGAGAAGACCGGGAUGUCAAACAACGACAACGACAACGACAACUUGCACACGGGCCCGAAUUUUCGGUUGUUCUUCAAAUGUGAGAAUUUCCAGAAGAUCGGGGCGUUCAAGGCCCGAGGCGCGUUUCAUGCCGUGGUCAGGUUGAUUGAGGAAUUGGGCGUCGAGGAGGUGAGGAGGAGAGGGGUGGUUACGCACAGUAGUGGAAACCACGCUCAGGCGCUCGCUCUCGCCGCCUCAACAUUCUCCAUCCCAAGCUACAUCGUCAUGCCGAAGAUCAGCACGCCUUCCAAAAUCGCCGGGACGAGACUGUACACCCCCAACGUCAUCUUCAGCGGCUCGACGUCAGACGAACGCGAAGCCGUAGUGGCCGAAGUGAUCGCCGAGAAGAACGCCAUCCUAGUCCCUCCCUACGAUCACCCAGACAUCAUUAUUGGCCAAGGCACUGUAGGCCUCGAAAUGGAAGAGCAACUCCUGCAGAAGAGACUAUCCGAUAUCGAGCAAUCCGCCUCGUUCCGUGACAGUGCUUUCGACGCAGUCAUCACGCCCCUCGGCGGCGGCGGACUACUGGGGGGGACGGCGACCUGGUUCUCGGACAAGCCUGAGACAAGGGUGUUUGGUGCAGAACCGUCCUUUGAAGGCGGAGACGAUGGCCGUCGCGGAUUGCAGGCGGGGAAGCGCGUCGAACAUGUCAAAACCCUGACUAUUGCGGAUGGAUUGCGCACGCCGGUGGGGGUACUGAAUUUCGAGAUUCUGAGCGAUCCGACCAAGCUUGAGGCCUUGUAUGCUGUCACUGAGGACCAGAUCAAGGCUGCGAUGCGACUGGUCUAUGAGAGGCUCAAGGUUGUCGUGGAGCCUAGUGCUGCGGUCGGCCUGGCGGUGGUUUUGUUCAAUGGAGGGUUUCGGGCUCGAGUCGCCGAGGCUCAGAGGACGCAGAACAAUGAAGAUGCUGUUUGGAACGUCGGGAUCGUCUUUAGUGGUGGAAAUACUACCAUGAAGGCGGUCAGUAAGUUGUUCGCGGAGGAUUUGGACCUACGGCUUGAAGGAGAAGGACAAGAAGGAGGCCAUGGGGAGGACAGGAACCAGAAGACCUCUCAGAGUCAUGUUCAUGAUAUCGUGGGCGAGAGACAUCAAGGGACGAUAGGGGCAGAUGGAGGAAAGAAAGUCGAGGAUAUUGCCGGCUGA